UCAGCGGAAAUACCAGCGCAGGCCGCUGCACGGCACAGUUUCCACACACUCGCCGUCUCAUGUGUGGUUUACUCGUUGAUGCGGGGAGAAAGUUGUGGACAUUUUUUUCCCCUGAAGUGCACGGGUUUUACGGAUACAGUGUGCAACAUUGUAACUACAGCGUUAAUGAGCCCGUCCAGCCGGUCCGGACUUUGGAUUAUGUGUCGGUGCGGUUGUAAACUCGCCUGUUCGCCAUAUUGUGCGCUGUGAAACUCGAGGGAAAGUAUUCAGAGUUAUGACAUUUGCUGCGCACAAUCCCUUCAUGGAGCUGCAUGCAGUCGACUUUGAUCGAAACCAAAGUGACUCCAUGGAGCUGGCCAUGGAGAGCUCCGUGCACCAUUGAUAAGGUCCGGCACCAUAAAGAGGAUGAGAAGAAAGGACAGCAAACCUCAGAUUUGAUUCUGGAAGGAGGGUUUGCAUGCUCCCCACCCUGCACUUUUCCUUUGGGAUUUAUAUUUCCUCCCAAAUACCUCUGUAUACACAAUUACACAAAGAAUUCCUCAGCACACUACAGAGGCACUUAACAUUUUGCACGCUCAGAGAUCAAGAUUGAGAGUCCAACAUUACCGUACAAUAUUACUAUGAGUCUUCCUCCUCAAGUUAAUACUGACAAGAGCGGCAAGCACCGGGCUGCGGCCAUGAAAGAGCCUGUGCUGCACUCAGGGGAGGUUUAUUAUGGAAUGGGACCUCCGGCUUUAGAGUCAAGCCACAGCGACUCUGCUAGCAGCUCUGCUGUUUACAACCCGGAGAAAGGGCCCCAAAGUCUGCCGCACUAUCAACAGGCUGCUCCAGUAAAGUGGAUGCACCAGGACGCCACGCAGGCCCCCGGCUGGUCUCAGGAAGCCCCUGUACCGGCCUGGGGGCAGAACUUUGGCCCCUAUAUGAGCGGAGUGAACGCCCGGGGUCAGAUGGCAUUCCACAAAGGAGUCCAUGAGGGUGUAGCUCUGCCAAUGGGGGGAGAAAACCCGCUGCCGGGACCUGCUGAGGUUUACAGAGACGCCACCCAGGCGCAAGCUCAGGGGAGGGGGCUCGAGUGGGGGCAGCACGCCGCGGCUGCAGUGCACCAGGCUCAGCUGCAGGCUUAUCAACACGCCCACAAAGGCGUGGACCUCCAGGGUCAGCCGCCCCACGUGCCCUCGCACACUUUGCAGGGGCCCAUGCUGCAGCCAUUCCAGACAACAUUUAGACCCAGCAAGCAACAGUUUUCAUCAGGCUAUUACUCUGUGUUUCCAGGCAACAAGGGAAUACCGAGCCUGGCGUACAGCGAGCAGCCGAAAACUCAACAACAGCUACUACACCAGAUGCAGCAGCAGCAACAGCAGCAGCAGCAAAUGCACCACCAUCACCAGCAGCAGCAACAGCAACAGUUGCAGCAGCAGCAGCAGCAUCACAUUCAGCUGCAGCAACAGCAACAUUUGCAGCAGCAGCAACAGCAGCAACAAAUCCAACAGCAUCAAAUGCAACAGCAACAACUGCAGCAAAUGCAACAACAGUAUCACCAGCAGCAGAUUCAGGAGCGACGGCAACAAAUUCAACAAAUGCAGCAGCAGCAGCAGCAAGCGCAGCAACAAAACGUGCCACAGCAAGAAACAACACCACCACAGGUGCAACCAAAACAGCAACAAAACCAAAACUUUGUGACGUUUCAGCCUCCUAAACCUGCUCCACCUGACACUGCACCUAAAAAGGAGGGUGUCCUGCAGCAGGAACCAGAGGCACAACCCCCUGACACAUCACCUGGAGCUGAUCCAAGCGCCGAAAAGGUCGCCACAAAUCCUGCAGAGCCUUCAGACGCCGCGCCGGCUGCCCCUCGGCGUUCACGUCGCCUCUCUAGAGACGGACAGUCCCCACUGGGUCCCCCUUCCACAAACAUCUGGGCUCAACCAUCCAAAGAGCCUCCGUCAUCCCAGAACGGAGUCGCAGCCACUCAGGCUGCGAAAGGAGCGGAGGCUGCCACGGGCGGGGUCAUCCGGAGGAGAAGGAGGGCGUCUAAGGAGAUCAACUUGGAGACUCUGGCCCAGAAGGCGUCAGAAAUGGAGUUCCUGCCGGCUAAAAUGGUCAAGCAGGAGGAUGGUUCUUCAGGCCGACAGCCCACCAUGGUGCCUCUGGUUAUCCCCGUAUCGGUGCCGGUUCACAGGAGUCAAACUGACCCUCAGGGCUGCUGGCCUCCGGGUCGACUCGGCCCGGGCGAGCGACCCGCAGGACAGUCCGACCGCAAACCUUCUGUCAUCGUGGCUCGACGGAGAUCACUCAGAAACUCCAUGACAGAGAGUUUUGGCCAGGAUGGGGAAAGCGACCCCGGGAUGGACGAGGAUGGAAAAUCCAAAUUGAAGCGUCGGCCUCGCCCCGAGCCUCUCAUCAUCCCGCCGCACAAACCCUCCACCUUCAUCCCUCCGCCCCUCUACUCCAGCAUCACCUCCUACCAGAGCAACCUGCGCUCCCCGGUGCGUCUACCGGACAACCCGCUCACCCUGCCCCCCUACACGCCUCCACCCAUCCUGUCUCCUGUGCGCGAGGGCUCGGGCCUCUACUUCUCCACCUUCCUGACUAACAUCGCCGUGAGCAACCAAAUCCUCCCACCGCCGCCGACGCCCAAAUCGGCGCGCAGUCUGUUACGAUCCUCAAGUUCAGAUAUCACACCUCCCGUUCUGCCCCUGAUCACCGACGCCACGCCAGUUUGCCUCGAACCACGUAUCAACAUCGGGUUGCAGUACCAGGCGGAAAUUCCUGACUUCCAGGAUCAAACUUCCUCCCAGUUGGACCAGCACAAGGCCGACUUGGUCUGGGUCCCUCUGGACGACUCCCAGCUCAAACACGGUGACAAAGACACCACAGUGGAGGAUUUGAUGAACAUGGCUUGUUGCAGUGUGCUCAAAGGUGGAGGAACCAAUCAGGAACUGGUUUUACACUGUUUACAUGAAUGUGGAGGUGAUUUCCUUGAAACGCUGGGACGUUUGAUGCUUCAGGACCCAGUUUUCCCCAAAGGUCAUCUCCUGGCAGGUUAUCACUACUCAGGCUCCGACUGCUGGACUGCAGACGAGAAGCGCUACUUCAAUAAGGGGAUCUCUGCCUACAGGAAGGACUUCUUUAUGGUGCAGAAACUGGUGCAGACUAAGACUGUGGCUCAGUGUGUGGAGUUUUACUACACAUUCAAGAAGCAAGUCAAGAUCGGCCGCAAUGGGAUUUUAACCUUCGGCCCUCCAGAUUCACCCGGGGAGAAGCACACAGAGGCUGUGGUGGACAUCAAGAGUUCACAGCAGCCAAAACCGACUCAAGGAGAAACGGAUGCAGGUGAUAAGAAAGACGUUUGUUAUGAGAGCAGCCACCAGGCGAGGGUUGCUCAGUCACUACAGGCUCAUGACUAUGCAGGAACAGUGCUGGUGAUCAAAGAGCCGGACGCUGUGAAUAAGGUUCAACACCCGCCAGCACCUCACAGGCCUCGGGCCGAGCCCAAGAAGCCCAGAGCGCCACCCAAGGCCCCGCCGGAUCCUGACGCAAUAUUUCCCUGCAAGAAAUGUGGCAGGGUGUUUUACAAAGUGAAGAGUCGGAGCGCUCACAUGAAGAGCCACGCCGAGCAGGAGAAGAAGGCUGCAGCGCUGCGUCAGAAGGAGGAGGAGGAGCAGGCUGCAGCCGAGGCACGCGCCAGGAGGGUGGCGGCGGUGGCGGUGGCAGCGGCGGCAGCAGCAGCGGUGGCGGGCGAUCAGGGAGGAAACGGGAACGGAGUGACGGAGCAGGCAGAGGGCAGCAGCCAGGAAGACUCAACCGAGGGAGAGGAUGACGACGAUGAAGACUGGCACUGAAAGGAGAGACGACAAGAUGGAUUAAGAGGGGAAAAAAGAGCAGAGAUGGAAUCAAAGAGAGAGAAAGAAACUUCCUGCCCCACAGAGAGCCGGAUAAAGACUCAAAGCGCUUUUCAAGUCUUCCUGUUAAUCUUCACACUCCUCUAGCGGCUGCUGGCUCCGUGGGGCCAUCACCACUCCACAUCCUCACACAUUUUGUAUCUUUUAAAUAUUCAGAGGAACUUUAUUUUUUGUAAAUGCACUUAUUCCGUAUGCUUCUGCUUUUGCCAAUGUUGCCUUUUUAUAUCCUUUAUUUAAUUGAAUAUAUGUCAAAAAAAAAUACACAUUUUCAUUGCGUGGACUUAAUGGUUCUAUUUGAUAAUCAGAUAAUCAGGAUGCCUGUUUGGUUAUAAAACAUCGAGAUCAAAGCAAUCUUUCAGCCCUUUUAAAUAAAGAGAGUAAGAGCUUGUAUUUAUCUGUUUCUUAGGAAAAUACUGUGCUGAGUUUUUCCAGAUUUCCAUCAGAUUUUUUUAGGUUGGUUGCACACUUAUUUUUACAACUAAGGGACCUUUGAAAUGAAAAUGUACAAAAAAGUAUAUAUGAGAUGGCCAUAUAUUUAUGAUGCUGCAUUUUUGCAAUGAUUUUGGUAAUAUAAAAACUAAUCAGCUGCAAUAAGACUUGUGAAUUGAAAAGUUUAUUAAAAUCUCUACUGUUCUGAGAA